AAAAUGAAAACUUUAAUGAGAUCAAAAUGAUGAGGGGAAAACCAGAUCCACUUAGCUUUGCUGCCCGAUUUUUAUUAGUCGGAGGCCUGAUUUCUAUUUUAGACCCAAGGUAUUAAAUGGAUCAACCAGGGGGGUUUGAAUGCCAGCAUUUUGAGUUCCUUGGUGUUGGGAAGAGGAAGAGGUCGUGGAAAAGCAGUAGGCAAAUCAAUCUGCUUCUUAUAAUGAAAUCUGAACAGAGCUGCGUAUGGGCCUAGAAACGAUGACUGGGAAGGUUAGAAUUCUCGCACGCGGAGAACCCCCAAGCCGGCUCAGCCCGGCCUGGCUCCGAAAGUCACGGAAUCCGAGUCUCCAGGCCAGAUUUUCCCUCUAGCCAUUCCUGGCCACGCAGCACCGAGCAGCCAGCACACAGAAAGGGAUGUCUUCAUCGCCAACCGGGGAGGAACGAACCCGCCCGCUGGGGAGUGCUGAGAACUACCGGGUCCCUCCAGCGCCGGCCGCAGCCAGCAUGCCCUGAUUGCCCCCAUCCUGCGCGGUCCCCACUCUCCAGGCACCCCGCCCUGCCCGGGUGCGCGCGCAGGAGCCAGGGAGCCGGGAUCUGUGCGCUCGGUAGCCUGCGGGCGGCGGCCGACAGCCUCCCUUGCGGGGACAGGGCGGCCAGGGGCGGCGGGGGAGGAGCUGGCGCCACCACUGUUCCCCUCGGGCCGCGCCCCGCCCUCCGCUGCCACCUGCGCUCCCCCUCCGGGCUCCCCAGCUCUGGCGGUGUGGCUCUGAGUGCCGCAGCGGCGGUGUCACCGCAUCCGCCAAUUGGGAGACUCGGCGUCCGGUUCCCGGGGGCGCGGGACCAGCGGAGCGGCCCGAUCUGGCCGGCGGAGGGUGAUCGCGAGCGCGACCCUCCCCGCCGCGCUCCCCGCGACGUUUAGGGAGGGGUGGAGAACUGCUGUGACUUUUGAGGUCUGACUACCCCCGGCUAGCCUCGCGCCGCGCCAGCUCCAACACAGGCCAGGGUGCGCUGCAGGCCCGGGAGGCUCUCCGCGCGCAGCGGGGGCUCGGAACGUGUCCGGGAGCCAGCGGCGCUGUGCGCGCUGGUGAGUUUGCCGGCGGGGCUGGGUGGACCCCGCGCGGGGGGCGGAGAGGACGUCGUGCUCGGCCUCGCGCCCGCCCCCUAGUGCUGUCCCCACUUUGAGAGUAAUUGAGACUUGAGCGUGACUGCGGAGCCUCGAGGACGCUGGCGCUCCGCGCGGGCUACCCCUAUGCCCGGCGCGAUGGAGCGGGUCGGUGAGCAGAACAAAGGCGCCCACCCAGGGGAGCGGGUCCUCGGCUGAAGAGCGCGUGUGGCGCGUCGGGACGGCCGCCUGCGGGCGAGGGUGAAGGCUGUGCGGCCCCAGGCGCGGCCGUGGGUGGGUGGCGGUCCUGAGCCCGGCACCUGCGCGCAGCUCCCGCUGCGCCUCCCGGGCCGCCGUGCCUGCCGGCCCCGGAGUCAGCGGCGCUGAGCGCGGCUAGAAGUCCAGAGGCGAACCCUUUGCUGGUGCAGAGCAGAGACCCCCAAGUUCCCGGCCUUUCAGUGAGACUCCUGGAAGGGGCUGCACGCCGUGGACUGGGCGGGCGUCUUGGGGAGCAAUUCUGCAGAGCGGGGACUUCCACGUGAGCGGUUCCACGCUCCCCACUACUGUCCCGUCCUCCCAGCCAUCUCUGCCGCCCAAGCAUCCUUGCGGUGGGGCGCGCAGGGGCUGGGAUCCCCGCCGGCCUCUGGUGAGUGAGGCUCGCUCGGCCCCUGGCUGCCCCGCGCGUCGCCGGAGCCCGAGGGGGCGCAGGUCCGGGGCGAGGGCCGGCCGGGCUGUUUGAUGGCUUCACUGAGAAGAGUCAAAGUGCUGCUGGUGUUGAACCUGAUCGCGGUAGCCGGCUUCGUGCUCUUCCUGGCCAAGUGCCGGCCCAUCGCGGUGCGCGGCGGAGACGCCUUCCACGAGAUCCGGCCGCGAGCCGAGGUGGCCAACCUCAGCGCGCACAGCGCCAGCCCCAUCCAGGAUGCGGUCCUGAAGCGCCUCUCGCUGCUGGAGGACAUCGUGUACCGGCAGCUGAAUGGCUUAUCAAAAUCCCUUGGGCUCAUCGAAGGUUAUGGUGGGCGGGGCAAAGGGGGCCUUCCGGCUACUCUUUCCCCCGCUGAGGAAGAGAAGGCCAAGGGGCCCCAUGAGAAAUAUGGCUACAAUUCCUACCUUAGUGAAAAAAUUUCACUGGACCGUUCCAUUCCGGAUUAUCGUCCCACCAAGUGUAAGGAGCUCAAGUACUCCAAGGACCUGCCCCAGAUAUCCAUCAUCUUCAUCUUCGUGAACGAGGCCCUGUCUGUGAUUCUGCGGUCGGUGCACAGUGCCGUCAAUCACACGCCCACACACCUGCUGAAGGAAAUCAUUCUGGUGGAUGACAACAGUGAUGAAGAGGAGCUGAAGGUUCCCCUGGAGGAGUAUGUCCACAAACGCUACCCCGGGCUGGUGAAGGUGGUGAGAAAUCGGAAGAGGGAAGGCCUGAUCCGCGCUCGCAUUGAGGGCUGGAAGGUGGCCACCGGGCAGGUCACUGGCUUCUUUGAUGCCCAUGUGGAAUUCACUGCUGGCUGGGCUGAGCCGGUUCUGUCCCGCAUCCAGGAAAACCGGAAGCGUGUGAUCCUCCCCUCUAUUGACAACAUCAAACAGGACAACUUUGAGGUGCAGCGGUAUGAGAACUCGGCCCAUGGGUACAGCUGGGAGCUGUGGUGCAUGUACAUCAGCCCACCAAAAGACUGGUGGGACGCCGGAGACCCUUCUCUCCCCAUCAGGUCUGUGACUGGUGAGCUCUGGUGGCCAGUGAGCCCCCAAAUUCAAGGGUAA